GUCAGUAGAAAGAAAACACGGCAGCCGGCCACAGUGCUAGUCGGCUGCGGAAACCUCCAACCACCUUCACACCUCCCAUGAACAAACCUGGCGUUCGCAACAGGUCUUUUGACAUAAACUGGACAUGCUUGUGACGGACGGGCAUACGUUAGAACAAGUACCGAAAGAGUUGCGCCUAAAGCACAGUGGACUCAGUUCACAAGAGCGCUGCACCACUGAUGACCAACUCAGACUGGAGAGAAGGUAGGCGGUUUUACUGAUGGACACUCAAGGAACCUUCGAUUGCGAGUCGACAAUGAAAGAGAGCACCGUGAUAUUCUCUCUCUCCUUGAUGGCCAGCUCUGUGCAAAUUUACAACAUAAUGAGCAACAUCAAAGAGAAUGACCUUCAACACCUUCAGUUUUUUGCUGAGUACGGCCGACUUGCGCAAGAGGACAACAAAACACAGGCCUUCCAAAAGCUUCUGUUUUUGGUGAGGGACUGGAACUGGGCGCAUGAGUUCGAGUGUGGUUUCCAAGGGGGCCGAUCACUCAUGACGAGUCGUCUAAAGACAACAAGUGGUCAAGCGGCAGAGCUGAAGACGUUGCGACAGAUAUCUUGUCUUCCUUUUCGGACCUUGACUGUUUCCUCAUGCCCCACCCCGGAAAGAAGGUAGCAAUGGAUAAGUCGUUCGAUGGUCGUCUUGCAGACACCGAGGAAGAAUUUCGAAAGAAGCUUCCGGAACUUGUUCUUUCUAUUUUGGCACCAGAAAAUUUGUUGGUCAAAAAGAUUAAUGGGCGAAAAAUAUCGUGCCAGGACUUUGUGACCUUCUUUAAGGCUCAUGUGGAUGUCUUCAAAGGAGGUCAUUUGCCGAAUCCAACAUCCAUGCUGACGGCGACUGCAAAUGCACUGAACAUGGCGGCCAAACUCAAAGCCUCAACUCAUUACAUGUCUGGGAUGACAAGUGUAAGUGGACCUCUCAGAGACCUGAAUGCACUGGGCUUCCUUCAUCGUGAAAUGCUGACCAGGGCCAAGAAGGUGUUCGAUGAGUUCCCGAAGGUCGGUGGUGAAGCGAUGUCGUUAACAUACAAGGAUGAUCUCAUAAAGGCAAGAUCUUUGAUAUGGCAUUUUAUGUAUUUUCCUAAAUGAUCGGCAUGUGCAAUUAGAGAAAGCUUGCUUGCUAACUAAAAGCAAUGACCGAGAGACUAUGAAAUAAUACUAAAAGGAAAAGUACCACGAUUAGGUAUGGUACAUCUCUCCCAAAUAUCUGUCCAAACCUUAGGUGAACAAAAAUUGUGUAGUUCACUAAGACUCACGCAUGAAAUUUAUUUCGUACUUCAGGCACAGUUCACUCAGACUCAAACUCAUGGCCCGGUCUGAGUUUCAGUGAGUCCAAGUGAGUCAACUCUAGAGCUCAUCAGCCUAGACGUAGCUUGGGCCACCUAGCUGUUAAUGCUCUUUAACACCGACAUCUCGCGUAAUCGGUGCUCGUUUUUGGUGACUUUUAGGUAGUACUUUUGAAAGACGAGUCAUAAUUUGUUGCAAACGAGUAAGAAUAUUUUUUCUUGGGAUGAGGACAACAUGACAUAUAUUUAUCGAGAACCUCCCUAGAAAAUGGGGUACAGUAUUAGCGCAAUAUUGGAAAAAAAGACCGAUUCUACAAAAGAAGUACGAGGGAGCAGAAAGGUCACACGCUAAAGCGGCUCCCUCCUGCUUCUUUUCUAAAAUCUGUCUUUCUAAGUUUCCGCUUUUACUCCAUUGAUGUUAACCAACUCGUCCGACAGGGAUUGUCUAUGGUGUACCCCUGUCUUGUGGACUUGAGUGCGUAGGUCAGUCAGGCAGGUGUCUUAUUGUAAGACUUCAGGAAGAUUGCCAGAAAGUAAGAAGUGCAGGACGGGAUGGUUUUCGGCCACUCAUUGUUCCGAACGUGGGUGCCAGCCAUUGUUCGAAAAGACAAGGGUUAUCGCGUCCCACCCUAACGAAGGCACCAGACUAGUAAUCGAAGCUGCAGAAAUUGCUCGAGGCACCUGCAUUAGCAAACCAUCAAUAGCGUUAUCUGAAAAAGAAUUGGCGUUUUUAAAUUUGGCACUUGAUGGUCCGAGGUGAGCACGUGGUUUCUUGGAGUCUCUUUUGA